GAAUCACUGCUCACCAGCUUUAACAAUAAUCAUUGAGCCUCAACUCUUGAUCUUCGCACCCGAUUGAAUAAUGUCAACCCCUACACCCGUUGAUGCCCCCGCGCACAUCCUGCAGCUCCUGUCCGAACUUCACAAAAAGUCUCUCGAACAAGAAGCUGUCCUCUCCACAACGGGCAAAGUCUUCUCCUCCAAAAUCCUCGGCGACUUAGAAGACAAAAGCCCAGCUGAAAAUCCCAGAGAUCAAUUCGACCAGCUUAUGCUGGAUAAGUUUAUCGCUCUCGACGAGGAUAAAUGUCAAUUCACCUACCAGUUGAUCAACGCCAUGGGCGCCACCAAUGUUGUCGAAGCAGGAACCAGCUUCGGUGUCAGCACUAUCUACCUUGCUUUAGCUGUGGCUAAAACGACCGCGGCGACUGGCAAGUCCGGGACUGUGAUCGCCACGGAAAAGGAAACAGAGAAGGCAGCUAUCGCGCGCAAGUACUGGGCACAGUGUGGUGCGACCGUUGAGCAGCAAAUCGACCUCCGUGAGGGGGACCUUCUUGAGACGUUGAAGGAAGGGCUGCCGGAAGUGGACUUGCUCAGAAAUAUUCUAGUCUGGUCCGCACUUGCACUUCCGACCCUCAAGACGGUUCUUCCUCGUCUUCGACACGGAGCAGUUGUUCUGACAGAUAACACGAUCUCUGGAGCGAAGGGAUACGCAGAUCUGCUGGCAUUCUUACGUUCGCCUGAGAAUGGGUUCCAGAAUAUGACCCUGCCUUUUACAAACGGGUUCGAGAUGAGCGUUUACCUACCGCAGCCGAAGUAGAUAGCCAAUAGCCAUAGAAAAAAGC